AUGGCUUCAUGGCUCCCCUCCAUUCCAUACCCCCCACCAGGCCAGCCGGGGUACUGGCAUCCCGUCACGAGCACUCUGCAAUGGUGCGAGGAGGACUACUACGCCACGUACUACUCUGCCGAGAUCAUCAAUACCUUGACCAACUUGAUGUUCAUUUACCUAGCAUAUAAGGGCGUUCAAAGCUGCAGGAAACAUGGGCAUGAUGCUGUCUUUGAAGUGGCAUAUUUUGGAUAUUUCCUUGUUGGAUUUGGCAGCUUCAUGUUCCAUACCACUUUGAAAUAUCCGUGGCAGUUGGUCGACGAACUCAACAUGAUCUACACCACUUGUCUCAUGGCCUACGCCUCGCUCUCCUACUCGCAAACCAAAAAGACCCAAAUCUAUCUCGGCGUCUUCUUGGUGCUUUUCUGCGCCUUCAUCACCGCCUACUACCACUACCUUCAAGAUCCCGUAUUCCACCAGACUGUCUACGCUCUGUUGACUGUUUUCAUCGUUUUUCGCAGUGUCUACAGUAUGGAAACGAGUCUGCGACCGUCCUUGCGGAAGUCGGAAGAGAGACACCGUCUGGAGCGAGAAAGGUCAGGGAUGCCUGUGGACAUCUCGAGAGAACAACAGGCGUAUGAGAAUGAGAGAGACCUGGAAAUACUAAGGACCAUGUGGUGCCUCGUGGCGUUUGGGGUGAGCAUCUUCCUUGGCGGCUUCUACAUCUGGAAUCUUGACAACCUCUACUGUUCUACCUUGAUACGUUGGAGGCGGAGUGUUGGCAUGCCCUGGGGCUUCCUCCUGGAAGGACAUGGCUGGUGGCAUCUUAUGACUGGAAUUGGCGCUUAUUGCUACAUUGUAUGGGGCAUACACCUGCGACACAUUCUGAACGGGGAUCAAGAACACUUCCAGAUGGUCUGGCCUAGCAUCUUUACACUGCCGGAAGUUGUUCGAGUCUCUAAUCCGCCGGGAGAAGGGAAAAGGAAGGGAAACGGUACUAUUGCUGCCAAUGGGAGUGCCAACGGGACUGCGAAUGGGACUUCACAUGGCACUGUAAAUGGGAGUGCAAAUGGACACAUCAAAAAGACCAAAUGA